CUUGGCUUCUGCCUAGCCUGGUUUAGUUUGCAUACGUUUCCUAGCUCACCCCUGUACAGUUGUUGGCGGUAAUGCACUAUAAAUAUUGGAUGCAACCCGCCGUGAAACUCCACCGAAGAAGAAGUAAAAAAAUACUCGUCACCUUGCCCUGGAAAGAGAACCAUGCCUGGGAUACUGCUAGGAGACGUGUUCCCUAACUUCGAAGCUGAGACAACCAUCGGCAAGAUCAAAUUCCAUGACUUCUUAGGAAACUCGUGGGGAAUCCUGUUCUCCCACCCCCGGGACUUUACUCCAGUAUGUACCACAGAGCUGGCCUGUGCUGCCAAGAUCAGCAAUGAGUUCAAGAAACGCAACGUCAAGAUGAUCGCGCUGUCCAUCGACAGCGUGGCCGACCACCUCGCCUGGAGCAAGGAUGUGAUGGCGUUUAACAGUGAUGGUGCGGACUCUCCCCUGCCCUUCCCCAUCAUCGCUGAUGAUAAGAGGGAGCUUUCAGUUCAGCUGGGCAUGCUGGACCCUGAUGAGCUUGACAAGGAUGGCAUUCCCCUCACUGCACGCUGUGUGUUUGUGAUUGGUCCAGAUAAGAAGAUGAAGCUUUCAAUCUUGUACCCUGCCACCACUGGAAGGAACUUUGACGAGCUGCUCCGUGUCAUCGACUCUCUGCAGCUCACCGCUCUCAAGAAGGUGGCCACACCUGUCGACUGGAAGGUACACACACCCCUGUUGAUUGAAACCUGGUGAGAAGUGUAUGGUUAUUCCCUCUCUCUCCGAUGCAGAGGCUGCUGAACUUUUCCCUAAUGGCGUCACCACCAAAGAGCUGCCUUCUGGAAAGAAAUACCUCCGCUACACACAGCCCUGAGCCUCGGGGGGGGCGGGGGGGGGGCACACAGUCGCCCCGGACACAACCCAAAGCCCAGAUAGGCCCACUGCCAAAGUAUCAGCACAUAGUAGUUCUAUCGUUAAAGGACUUAUAGCAUAACCAAUCAUCCCUUCAAGAGUCUUGUAGGUUUUGAUGCACUAAUUAAAGUAUCUCACAACUUACAUAUUCAGUAAGCAUCCAUUAAUCCAUUCAUAGUAAUGUCUUCUGAGGAGCAAGGCUUUGACAUGAACUUAGCAUUGUACAGUGUUACUACCCCAAUAAACACACUUUUGGAAGACCA